AUGGGAUCGUAUCGUUCUCAUCGACAAUCAAAUCAUUUACGAACGAGACUCAACAAGUCCGAUCAACUGAAAGGACCUGAAGCAAUUUUUAUUCACAAACAAACGAAUACAUUGUACGUGGCUGACACAGGGAAUGAACGUAUUCAAAUGUUUUCACUUAAUAAGUUACCGGUCACGGGUACCACCAUGAUAUUCAAUGUCGCGUAUUCGACGAAGAUCUAUGUCGAUGAUGAGAACGAUGGACAAGCAAUUUAUGUCUCUCUUAUGGGUGACCAUUGUGUCAAAAAAUGGGUCAAAGGGGUGUCGCAUGGCGUACAAGUAGGAGGCCCAUGUUCUUACUGUGAAGGUGUCUGGGUUGACAAAGAGAAAAAUGUUUAUAUGUCGUCGGCGGCUUCACAUUGUGUGUUUAAAUGGUCAUCUCGAACGAAUACCACCACGGUCGUCGCCGCCCGAGAAAAUUAUUCGGGAUCGACUAGCGAUAAUCUCAAUUCUCCGGAAGGUAUUUAUGUGGAUGGAGCCGAUGGCACUGUGUACGUGGCUGAUUAUGUCAAUAAUCGCAUCCAGAAAUGGUUAACAGGUGCACCCAAUGGCACCACUGUGGCUGGAUUGAGCACGGGCAAUGAAGGCAGUGAUGCUGAAUCGCUGUCGAGACCGAUUUCUGUAUGGGUCGAUGAUGAAACUCAUGCUGUGUAUGUGGCUGACUCAUCCAAUGAACGAAUUCAGCGUUGGUUACACAAUGCAUCCAUCGGCGAUACGAUUGCUGGCGGGUCCGAGCUAGAGGCAGAUGAUGAUGACAAUGGUUCAGAUGAAGUCGUCAGAACUAGUGAUGGUGCUAAUGCUGUUGUUGUGGUCGUUGUAGACUGUGAAAUAACACUUAUAAUUAAAUGA